AUGCGUUCUGCUUUGUCUAUAGCCUGUGCUGUCCGACAGGCGAUCGGCGACCACAUAGUACUGGCCGUUCGGGUGUCGGUCACCGACCACUGCACCGACGGUUGGAAUGUGAAGCAGACCGUAGUGUUGGCCAAACAGCUCAAGGCUUUAUGCGUCGAUCUCAUAAACUGCAGUUCAGAAGGUCUGGUAUUGUGCGCCGGCAUCUCAUUCAUGAAUCCAACGGCCAUUCAGAUAGAGAGCGCCGGUAUUAUACAGCGAGAGGCAGGUGUGGCCACAGGUGCUCACGGCUUGGUCAAACCAGGCCGAACAGGUUUUGACUCGCACCGGCGCGUCGUUAAUUAUAAUGGGUCGGGCGUUCAUUAA